AUGGAUAGAAAUAACACUAUGAAUGAGACUUCUGAUGAACGUCGACGAAGACUUAAUCGUGAACAACAACAACGUUAUCGCAAAAACAAAAGAAAUGUGGAUUCAGAUGGCCCUACGGAACUUGACCACCCAGGAGAAAAGAAGGUAUGUAUGCAAGGUGUAGUUAGUGACAUUAUGGAUGAGACUUCUGAAGAACAUCAACAAAGACUUAAUCGUGAACGACAACGGCGUUAUCGUAAAAACAAAAGAAAUGUGGAUUCAGAUGGCCCUACGGGACUUGAGCAAUUUUUAGAAAAUAAUAUGUCUACUGCUGAGCAAGAAGUAGUUAUUCCUCUGACUACUGUUCUUCUAAAAACAUCAAAAGCGCGUGUUUAUCCAUGGUGUUCACAAGGUUUAGACCGUCACUCUCUGGGAAGCAUGAAUCAUAGAUGCAAUUGUUGCGGGGCACUGUUGUGGAUAGAUGAAAGAAAAAAAGGCACAUCUACACGAUCACCAAUUUUUACAACAUGUUGUGCCAAAGGCAAGGUUUCUCUUCCUCCUAUUGAGGAAUUACCACAUCCUCUCAACGUGCUUCUUACUAGGACAGAUCCAAGUGCACGUUUAUUUAGGAAAAAUAUUAGGUCAUAUAAUUCAGCUUUGGCUUUUACAUCUAUGGGUGCAAAGGUUGAUAAUAGUAUAACAGGAACAAGUGGUGUUUACAGCUUUCGUGUUCAUGGAGAAAUGUAUCAUAACAUAGGCACAAUGCUUCCUGACAAUGAAGCUCGCCCUCAAUUUGCUCAAAUAUAUGUGUAUGAUACUGAGCAUGAAUUGCAAAACAGGAUGAAUGUAAUGCCUAAUCUUGAUCCAGUUAUUCUUGAGGAGCUUCAGCAAAUGUUACAUGAUGUGAACCCAUAUUGUGAAAUGUUCAGACAAGCUGGAGACAUUGUAAGAUUAAAUCCAUCCUUGGACUUGCAGAUGGUAAUCACAGAUAGUAGAAAAGAAGAUCCUAGACGUUACAAUACUCCAGCAGCAUCGGAAGUUGCAAUCAUUAUGAUUGGAGCUGAACCAUUGGAACGAAAUAUUGUGCUACAAUUGCAUGAAGGAGGAUUACAAAGAAUAUCAGAAAUGCACCGUGCUUAUGAACCAUUGCACUAUGUUCUCAUGUUUCCCAGAGGUGAAGAUGGGUGGCAUCCUUACAUUCCUAUAAAAGAAUCUAUAGCCUUUGAUGAUGAUGAGGCAAGUACUACAAAAAAACAUGUUAGUGCAAUGAAUUAUUUUGCAUACAGACUUCAAUUAGGUCGGCCAGGUGAAGCAGUAGUCCUACAUCGAUUUGGAAGACUUUUUCAACAGUGGAUUGUUGAUGU